AUGCUUAUUUAUAUAAAACAACUAAAUAGCUCAAGAGCAACUGAAAUUCAAUUAGAAGUUUCUCCAGCUGAUACAAUUCAAGAAAUAAAAUCUCGUCUUUCAAAGCAAUUAAAGAUCCCAAUAAAUCAACAAAAAUUAGUUCUCAAAGGUAAACCAUUGCAUGAUGGAUGCUUAAGUGAUUAUCAAAUAACUGAUAGUGCAAAAUUGCAUUUAAUUAUUUCAACACAAUAUUCGUCAAAUAAGCCGACAAAUAGUGCAUUUAUAAAUGAACUACGUUUAUUCGCUUCAAAAUGGAUUCAAAAUCCGAAUGAACGUGAUGCCUUUGAAAUGCAAACUGCAGUUGAUCGAUUAAGUUUGGAUGAUAUUGAAAAAUUAUGUAGUGAUCGAUUAAAUUAA